AUGAGUUCCACAGCAGAAACAAAAUCAGUUUGGGGUAGAGGAAAAGCUAAAGGUUCAAAAAAAUCUGUAUCAAGAUCUCAAAAAUUAGGUCUCCAAUUCCCAGUUGGCCGUAUUGCUAGGUAUCUGAAAAAGGGUGGAUAUGCUCAACAUCUUGGCUCUGGUUCACCUAUCUAUCUCUCUGCAGUUCUCGAAUAUCUUGCUUCCGAGGUUCUAGAGCUUACUGGGAAUGCUGCUAGAGACAACAACAAGAACAGGAUUAUUCUGAGGUAUAUACAACUUGAAGGAUUAUUCCACCAUUGGUAGAAUAAUUGUUGAAAAUCUUAUAGAAAAUAUUUCAUCACGAACACGUGUAGAGACUUUUCUUCAUCACGAACACUUGAGGAAAAUGCUUGAUCACGAACAAUUGUAGAGAAUUCUUCGUAGCUUGAGGCAUGCCAAUGACACUGUCCUUAAGGAUAUUUCACCCGGUAUGGGUGUAUUCCCCAAGAUUCAACAAGCUCUUCUAGUACAAAAUUAGGAGCCAGAAUCUAACAAAAUUUUUAUAAAAGUAGAAAACCUAGCACUCUAAUAGAAUGAGAAAAUAAAUAAUUUUUAUUUAAGUCUCCAUCUUCAACGUGAAACAAUAAAAUUACAUAAGGAAUGAUCUGCACCAAGACUAAGAGCUCAAAUGGUCCAGAAGUAUUAUAAAAGCCAUUCAUUGCUGAAUUAUAUUCAUUAGCCAUUAAAGCUCUAUUAAUAAUAUUAUUAAUAGAAUAAAUAUGAGUAAAGAGCCAACA